AGCCGGUGGCUUGAGUUUUCAGUCCGAUCGUCAGUUCCGAAAUCAAGUAUGGGUACUCCCGUUGUCAGGGUUAAAGAGGGGUUGCUUCGCGGUGCUACGGCGGAAACUAUUACCGGAGCACCUUACAUCUUUUUCAAAGGCAUACCGUACGCGGCACCACCGGUGGGCAAAUUAAGAUUUGCGGAGCCAUCGCCUCCGCAACCAUGGACUGGGCUCAGAGAUGCGUUGGAGCACGGACCAAGUUGCCCCCAACACGAUCUGCAUAACGUGCCGGUUGUUGGCUGCAACGAAGACUGCCUCUAUCUCAACGUAGCCACGACCUCGUUGAAAGGAUCGCGACCAGUAAUGGUUUUUAUUCACGGAGGAGCCUUCAUCGGCGGUCACGCGAACUUCGAAGUGUUUGGUCCAGAUUACUUGAUGGAAACAGGCGUCGUUUUUGUUUCCAUGAACUACAGAGUCGGCGUCCUUGGUUUCCUGCAACUCAACGAUCCGGUGGUGCCCGGAAAUAUGGGACUCAAGGAUCAGCUUGCAGCUCUGAAAUGGGUUAAAGAAAACAUAUCUCAAUUUGGCGGAGAUCCUGGCAACAUCACAAUAUUCGGAGCGAGCGCGGGAGGUGCUUCUGUGCAUUAUCAAGUUUUGUCUCCACUUUCCAAAGGUCUUUUUCACAAAGCCAUCGCGCAGAGUGGCACCGCGUUGGACCAUUGGACAAGUGUUCCGGACACAGCCGAAGCUUUGCGUCGGUACAUGGCUGCUUUCGGAAAAGAAACUAGCGACCCUCGAGAGAUCGUAGAAUUCCUCAGGUCUAUUCCGGCAGAAGAACUCGUUAGGGUGCAACACGAUAUAGUGAGCCCAGAGGAUAGGCGCUGGUUGCAAUAUCCUUUCCUUCCGAGUAUCGAUGACAAAAGUGAAAAACCAUUCAUGCCCAAGAGCCCGAAGGAACUUGUCUUAGAGGGGACUGAUGUGCCUCUUAUGCUCGGGUAUACCAGUCACGAAGGGAUUUUAUUUGUGAUCGGACUCCAAAAUACUCUGUCUACGAUGUUUGAUAAGAAUUCCAAGCUGCGUUUGCCGGAUGGUCUAGUUGCGAAUGACCAUCCAAAAAGGAAUGCCGUCGGUGACGAGAUGAUGAAAUUUUAUUUUGGGGACAAACCGAUAACCGAGGAGUCGGUUCAAAAUUGGAUCCAAGCAUGUGGCGACAUAUCCUUCGUUUUUGGUGCGCUAAAAGUAGCCGAGAUUCAACAAAAAAAAAUGGUUCCAUGCUACCUUUACAAGUUAUCGUUUGACGCUGAGAAAUCGUUUGGAAAAUUUAUUUUCAAGUCAUCGUACACAGGGACUGCGCACGGUGACGAUCAUCCGUAUCUAUUCUACAUGAAGAUCACCGGUGAUUACUUAAGAUAUAAACCCGGCUCACAAGAGCAAAUCGUAUCCGACAGAAUGAUAAGGAUGUGGACCGACUUUGCGAAGACCGGAAAUCCGACACCGCGAAUCGAUGAUCUGAUAAAGGUUGAGUGGCUUCCGGUUUCAAGGACAACGAAGCAUUACUUACUUAUUGACGCGGAGCUUUCCGCGGGCGUUAAUCCGGACGAAAAGGUGGUUAAGCUCAGCCAUCGAAUAUCUGAAAUCCUCAACACUGAAUAGUACUCAUUGUCAACCAUGUAGACAACAGUUGAGUCAUCGAUUCAGAAUAUACAAUGUAUGUAUCGGUGAGAUGUAACACAUCACCCGAAACGUCGUGAGCUAACAGUUGAAAAAAAUCUUUAAUUUUGUUCAAAUAAAUUCGAGUAGCGAGUGACUUUUCACAAUUC